CCUCGCGCCGCCACCGCCGGCGGGUGUUCGGCAAACGCGCUCCAAACCAUCCACUGUGUCCAUCCCUCUCCUGCAAACCGAUACCACCGUUUGUGCGAAAGAAAGGCACGAAAAAAUCGCGUUUAAAUAGCACCCAUCCUUCCGAUGUGAAAGAAAGGAGGUUCGUCACUAGACAAUGUAACGGGAGCCGGUAGUGACGUCACAAUGUGCUCCUGGGUCGUGUCAGCUCUCAUCAUCCUCUUUGCCAUGGGUGGUGAAGGCCAGGAGCACGGGCCGGUGUUCCUGAUGGAGCCGCCGCCUCGGCUGGUGUUCUCCAACAGCACCGGCGCGCGCGCAUCGUGCGCCGCGCACGGGUUUCCCUCGCCACAGAUCGCGUGGCAGCAGCCUGAUGGCGCUCAACUUGAUGAUGUGCCGGGGUUGAGACAAGUGCUGGACAACGGCACACUAGUGUUCCUGCCGUUCAGCGCCGUGCAGUACCGGCAGGACGUGCACGCGACGGUGUACCGAUGUCGCGCGCACAACGCACACGGCACCAUCGUGUCAAGGGACAUGCGGACACAGGCAGUGGUAUGGCAAGAGUGGCAGGUGCACGUGACCUCCACUCCCUCCGAGGCGGGAGGGCCGGCACUCCUCACGUGCGUGGCUCCGGCGGCGCUGAGGGAACAUGCGUCUGUGGCUGCCUGGUACAGGGACGACUCGGUGCUGCCUUCCUCUGAUCAUAUGGCUGGUGCCACCCUCCUAACAGACGAGGGUUGGCGGCUGAUCAUCAGGUCAGUUCGGAUAGAGGACUCCAGAGCGCAGUACUCGUGUUCGGUUCUCGACUCGCUCACCGGCGAGAGGCGCAGGAGCACGCCAGUCAAUAUUGAUGUUGCUCCCAUGAGCGUGUCAUCAGCACCACGCGGGGUGUCUCACGGUCAAUGGGAGGCCACGGUACGGAGGGGAGGGGAUGUCAUCCUCCCUUGUCUGGUGCAUGCUAACCCUCAGCCUACUAUCACAUGGUACCGCGAGACUGGUGGAGGAGUUCUCCGUGAGAUCCGUGACGGAGAAGGUGGCGGCCGGUACAGUCGCACACACGACGCGCUCGGCAUCCGACGCGCGGAGAUAGCCGACGGAGGCCGAUGGGCCUGCCGAGCGGCUAACGCACAUGGCCAUCUGACGUUGCGGCUACAUCUGGCGGUGCGCGCGCAUCUUACCGCACAUGCACAGCCGCAUACGCAGGUGGUUAACAGCGGUGGUACAGCCACAAUCAACUGCACAUGGGGCGGCUGGCCUGCCCCUCGCUUGGAGUGGCUGCACAACGGCGUGCCCCUAGGCGCAGGGGUGGCGGGGGGCAGGGUGAGGGUGCAGAACAACGGGGAGCAACUGGUGAUAUCCUCCGUGCAUAGAGCUGACAGAGGAGUGUACCAGUGCAUGGCGAGGAAUGAGAGGGAUUCUGCGCAGGCUAGCGCGGAGCUGCGGUUAGGAGACACAGCACCAGAGCUCCAGUACACGUUCAUAGAACAAGUGCUAAGACCGGGGCAGGUGGUAACCCUCAAAUGCUCGGCUGCUGGCUCCCCACCACCACAUUUUACCUGGAUGCUUGACGGGCAACCCCUCAAUACCAUGGCUAGGGGACACAGAUACAGCGUAGAACAGUUUGCUACUAAAACGAAUGACGUGGUGAGCUACCUGAACAUCUCAGCGGUGAGGUCUGAAGAUGGAGGCCUUUAUACUUGCAGAGCAGCCAAUUCUCUUGGAGAAGUGUCACAUACAUCCAGACUCAAUAUUUAUGGUCCACCAUACGUGAGAUCCAUAGGACCAAUCAGAGCAGUAGCUGGUAGAGAGCUGGUUCUUUAUUGCCCUUACUCUGGCUAUCCGAUCAGUUCAGUAAAAUGGGAGCGUGACGGCAACCCAGUGGAAUGGGACAGUAGUAUCGAUGGUGCUCUCAAAGUGUCAAGAGUGGAGCCAUCACAUGCGGGUGCCUAUACUUGCGCAGUGAUGGGUCCGCAUGGGGAGAUAGCCAGGAGAGAGCUGCAGCUUGUCGUUAGCAAUCCACCAGAAAUAGAGCCGUUCUCAUUCUCUGCAAACCUGCAAGAAGGGAAGCGCGCUCAGGUGAGCUGCAGCGUGACGUCAGGCGACAUGCCCGUGCACUUCACGUGGCUCAAAGACAACUCGCCUAUUCCUUCUAGCUUACAGGUGGAAGAACGGGGUGCUGAUUUUUUCAGCAACCUUGUAUUCAAAGAGGUGUCGGCCCGCCACAGUGGGCUGUACACUUGCGUGGCCUCCAAUACCGCGGCCAAGGUUAACUAUACCGCCGAACUGGUGGUCAAAGUCUCGCCCAAAUGGGUGGUGGAACCGAAGGAUGAGGCAGUGCUGGCUGGCGAACAGUUGGCUCUGCACUGUCAGACUACUGGCUCACCAACACCACAAGUUACCUGGUUGAAACAAAGAGGAUCGUCAGCAGACUACGUCCCCCUGAUCAACCUAGGUGGAAGGUUUCAGUUCCUAUCAAAUGGAACGCUGUGGAUCGAGUCAGCUCUCCCCUAUGAUGAGGGAAACUACAUGUGUAAAUCAGAGAACGGAGUUGGAUCUCCACUCACCAAAAUUAUAUUCGUUUCUGUCAACGAACCGGCUAGGUUCGAGUUGACGUCACACAACAUGACAGCCCGGCGCGAUGCGCCCGCGACGCUGGUGUGCGAUGUGCGCGGAGACAGCCCCAUACGGGUCACGUGGGCACACAACAUGAACCACUUAGAUCUUAAUACUUAUAGGCUAAGUAUCUCAGAAGCAAAGACUGAUAGUGGAUUAAGAUCGCAGCUGUACAUCAGCCGCGCAGACCGGCAGGACUCCGGAGUGUACAAGUGUCAGGCCGUCAACGCGUACGGCCAUAGCGACCAUUAUAUUUAUCUUUCCGUCCAAGAAAAACCCGACACGCCCCACUCGCUAUCAGUCACAGAAAUCCUCAGCCGUGCAGUCCGUCUGUCCUGGAGUCAGGGCUUCGACGGCAACUCGCCGCUGGUUGGCUACACCCUGCAGUACUGCGCGCUGUCAGCGCAGGGCGCCAUCAGGGUCAACCAGUGGGACGCCGCGGUCACGCUCAAUGUGUCCGUCCAUGGGAUCGCGCACUCACAUAUCACUCUGACCAAAAAAGGAGACAUUCACUACGAGGCCCUACUAAGCAGCUUGAAGCCACAUACCGCAUAUAUGAUUCGAAUAGGAGCCAUAAAUCAGAUCGACAGGAGUGCUUACACUGAACCCGUUGUAGUGAAGACACAGGAAGAAGCCCCAUCAGAAGCUCCUACCAACGUGCAUGUAACUCCUGGUGGCCCUGGAGAACUUCAUGUAUCUUGGCGACCACCGCCACGAGACGCCUGGCAUGGAGAACUGCUGGGUUACUCCGUUACUUGUUCGGAAAUUAGUCCCGCUUCACCAGCUAUGAGAAAUUCUACCAGGACGCUAACAGUCAACGGAUGGUCAGCCACCGAGCUAAGUUUAUCAGCUCUUCGAAAGUUCACUCGGUACGAGGUGCGAGUCAGAGCAUUCAACGGUGUGGCAGCGGGACCUGCCUCUGCGCCAGUAUCUGCUACCACUUUAGAAGGAGUGCCUGAGUCUCCACCUACAAGAGUUUCCUGCUCAGCACUGUCAUCUUCCAGCGUGAAGGUAUCGUGGAACCCGCCACCAAUUGGACAACAUGGCGGACUCAUUCAGGGAUACAAAGUCAUUUAUUCGCCACUUACAACUGAUCAUGUAGACGUAGGCGAGAUCAAACGAGUGACAACAACAGACACUUAUCUACAUACUCUUCGAAAAUAUACGAACUACUCCAUACAAGUACUCGCCUUCACAAAUGCUGGAGACGGCAAAAGAAGUACGCCAGUCUAUUGCAUGACAGAAGAAGAUGUUCCUUCAGCGCCCGAAAAGAUCAAAGCACUAGCAUAUUCUAGCGACUCUGUGCUGGUGAGCUGGCUACCUCCACUGAAUCCUAACGGCAUCAUAUCGCAUUAUACAGUCUACUACAGAGAAGCUGGACGCCUAGGUAAGCACUCGAGCUUCACAGUGCCAGCGGACAAGAAAGGGGACACGGAGCUGAUGUUCCAAGUGCGAAACUUGAUGGAGAAUCAGUUGUACGAGUUUUGGGUGUCAGCCACCACGGGCUCCGGGGAGGGAGAGUCUACGCUGGUGGUAGGACAGGGGCCUAGUUCUAGAAUCCCUGCGCGCAUCGCGUCGUUCGGUCGCUGGGUGUCGGUGGGCGCGGGGCGCGGCGCGCUGCUGUGGUGCUCGUGCGUGGGCGCGCCCGCGCCGCGCUCGCGCUGGCAGCACGCGCGCCUGCCCGUCACGCACCACCAGUACUACCAGGUCACGCACCGCGGACACCUGCAUAUACGGGAAGUGAACGAGCAAUCUUCAGGAAACUUCACGUGCACAGCAAGCAACACGAUCGGCGAAGAUUCUAUAGUGUACGUAGUAGCAGCGAUCAUGCCUCCCGCUGCACCUGCGCUAUCCUUGCAAUAUACUACUACGUCCAGCAUCAAACUCCACUGGCAACUGCCUGGAGAGACCACGGAACCUAUAUUAGGCUUCCUCCUCAACUACAAACAAGCCUCCGACAGCGAAUGGCACACAGUAGACCUGUCUCCUGAAAUGAACUCGUACACAAUGGACAUGCUGAAAUGUGGCUCCACUUACAACGCAAAGAUACAAGCGAGAAACAAAAUAUCCAUAGGACCACCCAGCGAUGUUCUUACGGCGACUACUCGAGGAGGACGCCCGAAGCCCCCGAAACCAGAAGAUCACGUACACAUGAACUCGACAGCAAUAAAGAUUAACUUCUACGCGUGGCGAGACGGUGGCUGCCCAAUACUCGGCUUCAGAGUGUCUUACCGUAGAGCUGGCUCUGAGCAUUGGAUAAAGGUUGGUGAUGGACUCAGUUCAGCAAGCCACGUGAUAGGAGAACUGACGCCAGCCACUUGGUAUGAGCUGGCGGUGGAAGCCUACAGUGACGCAGGAUUAGAGCGAGUCACACUCACUGCAGAUACUCAUACACUUGCUGGAGGUCGUAUUCCACCAAUGAAGCCAUCGUCCCCUCUUUCGGGUGCUUCUCGUCCGGCCUCACUGCGUACCGUGCUGGUGUCUUGUGUAGCCAGCGGCGUGGUCAUAGUCGUCACUCUAGCCGCCAUAGUAUGUCUCGUUCAUGGAAAGAAGAAAUUCUUCUGCAUAUCAAGCGACCACUACAUGAGGGAUGAUAGGAAACUUAGCGAAAGCAACGAAGCAGAAAGGGAGAAACUUCGAGAAGGACAAAAGCUCUACUCUUCGUCGUCCAUCAACGGGAAUGAAAAGUCUAAUGAUGACUCUUCAGCGGAACUUUACGAAAUAAGUCCGUACGCGACGUUCGGCGUGUCUGCGGCGCACUCGCUGCAGUUCCGCACGCUAGCGCGGCGCGAGGACGACGCCGCGCCGCCGCAUCGCCGCCGACACCGCGCAUGCGAUCACUACAGAUAUGAUGAAUCGAGUCUGUCUAAAUCCUCGACAGUGGAGGCGCGGCACCGCAUGCGUGCUGCCUGCGCCAGCGCCGGCGCCGCGCCCGUCUGGCGCGACACGCACACCGACUCAGACGAUAACAGCGACAGCGCUGCUAAUACUACCACAAAAGGAUCAGGCACAUCCCCCUGCAACAGUGCGUACGGCAGCGGCCGGCGUAGCGCCCGCACGACCAGCAGUGGAGGCCCGAACGGCAGCGACGGCCUCUCGGGGAGCUUCGCCCCAGUCCCCGCUGAUAUAUCGUCUUUAAUUGACAAAUAUCAACAAAGAAAAGAGCAAGAACGGCGAGAGUGUACAAUACACGUGUAACGUUUAGUGUUUUUUGAACAUUUUUCGAACUGAACAAGAGUCCAGCCGUGCAGUGGGAAAUUUAAACGUCUUUCUACUUAAUAAUGAGACAUUUUCUAUAUUAUGUGAAAUUAAUAAAAACGUUUCGUAUAAAAUUACAACAUUAAAACAAAAUUAAACGGCUCAUCAGUCAAUUGUUUGUAAAAAGGGCUUAAUUCAUAUACAUUGUGAUUACCUUCGUCACAAACUGUGACUCCCCAUUUACUUAAUGUUACAUUGUUAAAUAAAUUAUUUAUAAUAAUGUGAUUUAUUUAAACGCUGUUAAUCUAUGACAGUUUAGAUUUAUAAAAAUGGCAUCUAAUGAACUGUAAAUGUUAGAAGAUGUUAAGUAAAGGUAAUGGAUAUUUACUCGUUUGCUGCGAGAUUCAUAAAUAGAUGAAUUAACAAAAUACAUAACACAAGAGGAUAUUUGGCGGUCCAUAGAAACAAGCUAAAUUUCAAUGGGUAGGUACUUUAAUGUAUACUUCUAACAAUCUCACAGCAAACUUUUAUAAAAAUAUAAUACGCGCAUCUGAGUUUCUUCAAGAUUUCUUAAUAAUUAAAAAUGUUUCCGCGUGGCGCAUAAAGUCAGAUGAACGUAAAAUAUUUUUGAACUUUAAAGAUAACUUAAAUUAAUUUAUGAAAUUAUAGAUCUUAAGUAAUGUUAAACGGCUGUUCCAAACUGCAAAAGAUACAUAUCAUUAAAAUAGACUGCCAGUAUUUAAGUAAUUCGUAAUUCUUUUUACUAUAUUGUUGAUUAAUAUAGUUAAUAGGUAUUAAUUAUACACUAUUGUAUAAAAAUCUUUCUAUAUACAUGUUGUGUAAUAAUAAAAUUAUUGAUAUUAGUGCGGAGGAAAGAAAUAAAGAUGUGUGUUGUGGUAU